AUGGAUUCGGACAACGUGUCGACGUUGCUUUUAGAUCAUACCUGGCCUCUUAUAGAUACGAAGGGUCAAGGUUUCAUCUAUGCAAAAGAUUUCCCGUUGCUUUUAUCUAAGAUGCAAGAAGUGUUGAAUCGAGGGAAACCUACUCACAAACAGGUAUCGCUCAUUUCAAAAACAGGCCACGAAAUAACAAGGAAAUUCGCUAAUGACCAAGAAUUUUUCAAGGUGUAUAAAGACGACUUUAAGGUGCUAUUUGACGGUCUCAUCGGGAUGUCCUUCAAGGCCGCUGUGGAUUCUUGCACAGAUGACGGAACACUUGAGAAAUUAAGAGGAACGCUUUCGUGGCAAUCGGCUGGCCACGUAGACGAAUCACUGAUCAGCGGUGAGACAAUCUUAGAGCGGCAAAAACCACUUCCAGAUCAAUCAAAUAAAGAGAAUCGGAGAGAUAUCACAGGAGAGGCUGUUCCUCCAGAUGCCAAGGAACCAGCCGCGAAUCCAGGAAACCCCCGCGAUUCCCUGCUGGGCAGUCCCGCCAGUAUUAGACGUGUAAGAAAUCUGCAAGUUGAUGUUGAAAGCUUGAAGGAAGAGGUGCUGUUUAGAGACGAAAUAAUACGAGAAAAAGACCGGGAACUUUUGGAUUUGACCAAGAAAGUCAGCGACUACAAGGAUAAGUACGAGUUUUUGGAAAGGGAGUUUCAAUUCUACAAAGAUCACGCCGAAACGAAGGCCGUGGGCAACAGUCCCGAUACCACUAAGCACGACUUCAUAAUAGCAGAGUUACGUCGGAAGAUAGAGGAACAAACGGGGAUGAUCAGCCAAAUGAAGGCUCAGAUGCCAUCAGAGUCAGAUGCGCCAUUCCGCGGAGCAAUGGAAAGCACGCAAACCAAAAUAGUGCCCCUGCAUGUCAUUCUUAAAGCCUUGGGUUUGUGUAUCGUGUUCUUGUUGAGCAGUUAUCUCGUAAUCAGCGUGGUAAGACUCAUGGCGGACUCAGCAGGAGAGCUGUCGUCGGUAGCAACCCGCGGCGUUCACCUAGAGUGGUGGGAAAAAAGUUCGCUUCUGAGUAAAAUGCGAUGGUUUUUCACAGACGCUUUCGAUGAGCUCGGAGGAAACGCACUCUACAACGAAGGCAUGAACGAUAAUUACGACAAGGUUUUUGGCAUACGAAGUGGCAAUAAAUAG